ACACAGAUACCCCAAUGUGUAAACAGAGUCAGGUCUUAACUGAAAAUCAGAAGAUACUGAAGGAUUCAAUAUAACCUUUCUCCUCUGUCAGUCUCUUUUUCAAGUGUUUAGAGGGGAAAGAAAAGUCCAAGGAUAUCCUUCUGUGUGGAGCUUGUUCCUCAAAAUAAAUGAUGCAGAACAGGCACACCAAUUACAAAACCAAGUAUACACAUUUAUUCAAAAAAGUAUUAAAAUUCUUACAUAGAGGUUGUAAUGAUGCUGUUCACAUAUGAAUACCAUAGGCACAACGCGUUUCGACGAACAAAAUCGUCUUCCUCAGGUGCAAUAAUAUUUCCUAAACUCCACAUACAUUUAAAUAUCUAAAUUGGCGCGGGAAACGGGUACUUCCAACCCGCCCCCUUCGCCAGACAGCCAAUCAGACGUGUUGACCGUCAUCCUUUUUGGUCCCAUCGGGUUAUUGUAGCCGCGGCGUGUUCUUUCCGCUCCACUUCCGGUCUCUCUGCGUUCCACGAACUACCAAUGACAGUUCGCAUGCGUUCCACAUUCUGUGCGUUCCACGGACCACCAAUGAAAACUCGUUUUCACUCCCUGUAUAUUGUAUAUAGUCUCUGAAUGUUGUAGGAUCAUAAUUUAUGAUCCAUAAAAGUUCAUAAUAAAGUCCACAUAUAAAUAAGGAUAUAAGAAAAGAAUUAAAACACAUGUGAAUAGAGGGAUAAUACUUAAAAAUACCUUCAUACUAAUAUUAAAAAAGGGAAAUAACAUUAAAUAAAAGUGAUAUUAAAUAUAGUUAUACAUAUCAAAGUCAAUGUUUAACCCAUGAGGAGAGAGGGUUUCUAAAUCAAAGAUCCAUCUCAUUUCCGUCUUAUUGAGGAUCUUGAGAUAGUCACCCCCUCUCCAAGGUUUUGAGACCUUUUGGAUCCCCAUAAAGUGCAGAACUUUAGUAUCUCCAUUAUGGUUUUCGUGGAUAUGUGCAGAUACAGAAUGGGUUAAUACCCCAUUCUGUAUAUUCCUUAAAUGUUCACUAAUCCUCGUCUUUAGUGGUCGGAUAGUCCGACCCACGUAUUGUAAACCACAUAUACACGUUAAUAAAUAAAUUACAUUAUUGGAGCUACAGGUUAUAAAUUCUUUAACACUAUACUCCUUUUUAGUGGUAUUAGACUGGAACUUUUCUGUUUUCUUAGUCAAAGUUCUGCUAGUUUUACAGGCUUUGCAGUUCCCACAAUUAUAGAAGCCUUUCAGGGGAUUACCAUAUACAUCUUUAUUAGGUCCCAUCCUUUUAGGUAUACAACUAUGAGUUAAGAUGUUUUUAAAAUUGUUGGCACCCCUAUAUAUUAUCCUCGGUUGGUCUCCUAUAAAGGUAUGUAAAUCCUCAUUUUGCUUUAAGAUAUGCCAAUGUCUUUUUAAAAAAUUUUUAAAAGAAUGACUCUGAGAGUUAAAAUCACAAAUAAAGGAGACUCUUUCUUCUUGCUUACUAUUAUCUCUCUCUUUAUAAGUUAAAAGUUCUUCUCUGGGUCUAGUACAUACUGCUUUAAAUUGUUUCUCUAUACUUUCUUUCUCAUAUCCUUUCUGAUAAAACUGUUUUUUUAAAACUUCAGAUUGGUUUAAAAAAAGUGUCUUCUUCCAUACAAUUUCUCUUAAGUCUUGUAAAUUGCCCUUUGGGGAUAUUAAAAAGCCAAGGUUUAAAAUGACAACUGUCGCAGUCAAUAUAACUGUUGACGUCGACAGUUUUAAAAUAGGUACUCGUCAUAAUCUUACCAUUUUUAAUAAAAAUCCUAAGGUCUAAAAAAUGGACUUCUUGAUUACUGAUUUCAGAGGUAAGUUUAAUACCCCAAGAAUUAGUGUUAAGAUAAAUCAAAAAUUCAUUAAGACUCUGUGGCAUCACUUUGUUUUGCGCUGCACACUAUCUUUGUUGUUUGUGGCUUCCCUGUGUUCCAGUUUGGACCAGGUUGGCUGCGGGAUGUUCUACUACAGUGCAGAUUCCCAUUCACAAGUGCUGAGAGGAAUUGACCUUCCUCUACAUGCUGCAAUGCAUAAACUGAGGAUUGUCCUUUUAUUAUUAUUAUUAUUAUUAUUAUUAUUUUUAUUUUUAUAUAACGCCAACAAAUUCCAUAGUGCUUUACAAUGGGUGAACUAACAAACAUGUAAUUGUAACCAGACAAGUUUGACGAACAGAAACAGAGGGGUUGAGGGCCCUGCUCAAUGAUCUUACAUGCUAGAGGGAGUGGGGUAUAGUGACACAAAAGGUAAGGGAAGUAUUAGGGAGGUAGAUAGGUAGCAUAGUAUUCACUGAAGACAGUGUUUUUUUUUUUUUUGCCAUUAACAGUUUAAUUCAUAUGCUUUUGUGAAAAAGUGAGUUUUUAAUGAUUUUUUUUGAAGUAGUGGAGACUGGGUGAGCAUCUAACGGAGAAGAGAAAGGAGUUCCACAGGAACGAGCAUCAGAUGUGGGAGUACGAUCAGAGGAUAGACGCAGGUCUUCGGCAGAGCGAAGAGGCCUAGACGGGACAUACUUGUGUAUUAGGGAGGAUAUAUCUGGAAGUAGCAAGAACCAGAAUUUUAUAUUGAGCCCUAUAUCUUAUGGGAAGCCAAUGCAGGUACUGACAGAGGGGUGAGGCAUGGGAGGUGUGGGCGCCGCAGUCAUUAUAAACUGCAAUGGGGCAAGUUGGGAGCACGUAAGACCACUGAGAAGUGGAUUGCAGUAGUCAAGGCGAGAAAAGACAGUGGCGUGGAUCUGGCGUUAGGAAGGGGCAGAUGCACACAAUGUUUUUGAGAUGGAAGUGGCAGGAUUUGGCGAUCGAUUGGACAUGAUGGGUGAAGGAGAGGUCGGAGUCAAAGAGAACACUUAGGCAGCGAGCCUGCGUGGUGAAGCUAAUGGUAGCACCAUUAACGUGGAGGGAGACAGAGACGAGAGUAGCAACACUUGAGGGAAGAAAGACCAGAAGUUUUGUUUUGGACAAUUUGAGUUUAAGGAAGUGGGCAGCCAUCCAGUUAGAAAUAGCAGAGAGGCAGUCAGAGACACUAGUCAAGAGGGGCGAGGAGAGAUCAGGGGAGGACAGAUAGAUUUGCGUGUCAUCUACAUAGAAGUGAUAUUGGAAGCCAAAGGAGUUGAUGAGUUUACCAAGGGAGGCAGUGUAGAUCGAGAACAGUAGGGAACCAAGGACUGAGCCUUGGGGGACACCAACAGAGAGAUGUUGGGAGGAAGAGGCAGAGCCAGAGAAAGAAACACUAAAAUAUUGCUGGGUGAGGUAGGAGGAGUGUAGCGGAGAGCUGGUCUUACACAGCCUAUCUCCACUUUAGAUCCCAGUAAGGCUCAGGAACAAGUAUUAUAAAUCCACAGGGUAAUAUUUCCAGCAGGCAAAAUACUCCAACAACAUCCCAAUCGCAAUCCCAAUGACUGGACGACACACAGCAUCAGGAGCAGAACUAAACUUUUAAUCACAGCAGUUCCUUAUAAAGGUUUCUCCCAUGCAAGGGAGGGAUUUACAAUAAUUAACACAGUAACCAAUGGUACAGUAGUUCCCUCCCAUACAUUCCCUCCCCUCAGUGUGACACUUAAUCCACUUAUUUCUGGUACAGUUUUCCCUGUUUUCUGGAUGUACCCCAAAACUGUGUGGUACAAGGAUCUAAGUGGCAUCCCCUGGCAGCCCUGAUCUGGGUGACCAACAUACUCAAAAUUCACCCAGAUCAGACCCGGGGUUCGGGAGUUAUGGGGAAUAAACUAUUUGACCGACCCCACACGAGGGGGUAGCCGAAAAUGGUUUAAUGUGAUUUGGCCCUGCGGUCGGUCUACGUUCGGGAGGCAAAACAGUCACUAAUCUUUGCCAUCCAUUGCUAAUAAUGCGUUCGCAUGAAUCCCCUUGUUCGUUAGAUUGAAUUCACCGAACGAGAGGUUGAUUCUCCCCUCCGUUCGGGAGCUCUGGAGGUCUCAGCAGUGUUUGGGUAAUCGAGUGUUCGAUUUGAGUUCCAGACACUCGACGACUAAACACCGCUGAGAGUUCGUGCGUAAGAUGGCCGCCGCCACGUGUUCGCUUACCGAAUAGUGGCCACCCAGAUAUAGCAAUAAAACACUGAUUAACUGUGGUUAGAGAAGUGUGAAAGCCUUAAUGAGGUACACACUUCUCUCUGGGGUGGUCUAUUGAUUCGGUAGUUUCCAUUCGUAUGAAAUAUGAAUGGAAACUACCGAACAAGCAUACGAAUUCCACAUACAAUUUCAAUUAUACAGUAAGCUAAACACACAAACAGUCCUUUAAACACAAUCCUGGAGGACAGUCCAAUGCCAUCCGCUACAAGGAGCACCAGGAGAGAGCUUCACCACCUGUUCGUAUUAGCAGAUAUCUGAAGUUUCACUGGGACUCCUGAUAGGCCACAGCCUGUUUGGCUCUAGCAGCCUUGAGUGCCGUGCGAAGACACCACGAGUGCCGUGCAUGGCACUAGUGCCAUAGGUUGCCUAACCCUGAUACAGAAUAUAUAUAUAUAUAUAUAUAUAUAUAUAUAUAUAUAUAUAUAUAUAUAUAUAUAUAUAUAUAUAUAUAUAUAUAUAUAUAUAUAGCAUCCUCUGUAAUGUGAAUAUGGCACAGUAUCCAUUAUAUAGACUAUAUAUACAGCAUCCUCUGUAAUGUGUAUAUGGCACAGUAACCAUUAUAUAGACUAUAUAUACAGCAUGCUCUGUAAAUGUGUAUAUGGCACAGUAACCAUUAUAUAGACUAUAUAUACAACAUCCUCUGUAAUGUGUAUAUGGCACAGUAACCAUUAUAUAGACUAUAUAUACAACAUCCUCUGUAAUGUGUAACUAUCACUAUAUUACAGCUUCUGGGUGCUGUGUAUUAUAUAGCACAUGGUACUCCCGUGGCGCUGAGGGGGGAGGAAGGGGUUAGUUGCUUACCUCUUUUCCAGCGCCGGGCUCCCUCGGCGCUGGAGACUCUCCUCCCUCUUCUUCCGUCAUCGGCUGAAUGCGCAUGCGCGGCAAGAGCCGCGCGCGCAUUCAGCCAGUCCAUAGGAAAGCAUUCUCAAUGCUUUCCUAUGGACGCUGGCGUCUUCUCACUGUGAAAAUCACAGUGAAAAGUGCGGAAGCUCCUCUAGCGGCUGUCAAUGAGACAGCCACUAGAGGCUGGAUUAACCCUAUUGCAAACGUUUACAGCAAAAAAUGUUAAACCUAGAUGGACCAGGCACCCAGACCACUUCAUUAAGCUGAAGUGGUCUGGGUGCCUAUAGUGGUCCUGUAAUGCUUUGCAUGAGGACAUCCAGCAUUCUUUAAAUCCCCAUUUGAAAAUAAUGUUUCAGUGCUUUCCUGUGGGGAAGGCCUAAUGCAUGUGCAUUAUGUUACCCCUUGUGCUGACAUCAGAGGAGACGGCGCCAGCGCCAAGGGACCUAAGGUAGGUGAAAGGGGAUUUAAUUUUUUUUUAUUUUUCACCCUGUUGAUGGGGGGGAACAAAGAUACACUUUAGUGUUUGUAUUUUUAAUACUAUAGUGUUCCUUUAAGUCUUCAUAGGAGUGAUAUUAGAUACACUCAAACAGCACUGUGUUCAUGAAAUGGAUUCUGACAACCCACUGUUGCUACUUUGCCACGAAUGAGAUUAUGCAUGUGUUGUCAAUUUGCCUAUUUAAACUUAGUGGCAGGCAAUAAAAGUAGGGACAGGAUUAGAACCAAUGGCCAAGUUCUUCACUUAGAGAAUAAUAUAAGCUCGUAUUGACUCAGGGAUGUUGAAUUGUAUUUCCUGACGCCAGGGACAUGAAGUUCAGGGCACCUGACAGGCAGUUUUUUGGGGGCCUUGCCACGGUUAAGCAGAAGGAAUGCUAUUGCAAUGGACUAUAGCUUUCAGCAGUGGAGGAAAUAGUGGCGAGAUAUGAUAGUAUGUCAUAUCUCCUCUCCAUACUUUCCUUUGCGCAUUGUCAGCCACUUGCUGCUAUUCUGAGAGUAAGGUGACCCAAGGUAAAGCUUCUGUAUUGCUCCCCCACACCACAAGAUUAUCCUGCCUUUUCCGGGUAGAACAAAAGGAGACUCAGUACUUAUAAAAUACUGAUGUUUCAGUAAGGCCGCCUAACAACCAAAUCCAUUAUCUCUCUUGUCCGGUAGAAUCACAGUCAUUUAAUGCAAAGGGGUUGAUGUGGCAUCUGGGAUGUCCUUAAGAGAUAUACGUAACGAUAAGAAGAGAAAUAAGGGAACUGUAGUAGGUUAAUGUGGCAAACCUAGCUACUUUGACAAUAUAAAGAGACUGUACCUUUAAGGGUUGCCUGUAUGGUUGUGGGAUAUGUGUGUGACUAAGUAUAAUGUAUGCUGGCUGUAUUACCUUUUAUUGGCUAUCUGCCGAAUGCAGAUAGCUAUUUGUAUUGGGUUUUUCUUUCGUUUCACGAACGGCACUUUUGCGGGCCGUUCGUGAACCGAAAACACUCCAUAUAGUAGCCCACACACUCAGAGGCGUGUGGCGCUUGUUAACCGAUUGCAACAAUAGGCGGCGGUCGGCCAUCUUGGAUCCUUUGUUCCCUCAGCGGUGUUAGGUCGUCGAGGGCAUGGUACUAAAAAUGGCUACUCAACGGCGCGAACACCGCUGAGCCUCCAGGCCAUUCGGGAGUUCCGGGCCGUUCGGUAUUUCAUUCCCUGGAAGGCAAUCGGUCAUUUAAUGUCUUUUAAUAAAUGUGUUUUUCGUGCGGCGUUCAGUUGUUUUAGCUGGGAUCUGAGCGGUAAUCUCACGAAUGAUGCGCUCAGACCUCGUUUAAAUAGACCAUAUAUUCAUAGAGUUAUGUAUUUUUAUACGAAUUGUAAAUUCUGCUGCACGGAGGGAUAAUCCACUUAACGGUAUAUUCCAGUGGGAGGAUCCCUCUCGUGCAGCAGUGCCUGAUGGGAGAAAUACCCUGUACAAUAAGUCCCCCAUGUAGUCCCCUUUGGAAAUGCCCCUGGGAGGGGACUCAGGAAACCCCUUGCAUGGGGACUUGUAUAAAUUGUGGAGCUGAAAUAAAAGACCUCAGUUCACUCUCAGAACUGUGUUUCGUCCGGUUACUGGGAGAUUUGGGAUAUUGCCUUGUUGUUUCCAGCGCUUGACUGUGGAUUACUUCCUGAACCAGCGGAAUUUGUGGAUUUAAUAUUGGCGUUCCGCUACAGUUAAUAUAUCUUGGUGAGGAAUGAGGUAAGUAAAAUGUGCACUCAGACUUUUAUGGAGCUUCAAUCAAGCUCCAACUUAAGCUCCUGGGAGGAAUGAUCCCCCACCUUGGGAUAUAGUGUAGCACUGGUACAGCAGACAAUCCUUGCAGCAUUGAAUAUUCUCAUAGAUAUAUAGAAGUAAAACAAUAAAAAAAUAUAGGGUAGUAUUUUACAUUUAAAAUACCGAAAGUAUGUAGGAGCAUAUUAAGGAGCCUAUAUACUGGCUCAUAAGGUAUAGAUUGAAGUGGUAUGGUCUGCACUCUAGGAUAAAUGAGUGGCACGGAGAGGCUUUACAUACCACUUUACGCUAUACUUCAGGAAGAUGCCAUGUUUGUCACAAGUUUUGAGAACUUUCUAUCCUACUAGAUAUGCCUAGUCAAGUGCAAGUCCUAUUUUUAUGAAGUAGAAGCAUUUAAGAGCAACAACAGUCCAACCACAAAAUGGCACACCAUGCAUGCUGAACACAGACUGGCAGCAUGUUUCAGACUUCAUACAUAUUUCUGCAGAUCUCCUUAGCAAUGGAAACACAUUGCUAAAGAUACGUGUCUAUAACUAGUGAUAUCUGUAGAAAUGCUGUUUGAAGUCUAAAACGUGAUGCCUCUCUGCGCUCAUUUGCAUGUCAAACACUGGGAUAGUUGUGGAAACAUGAUUUCUUGAGUUCCUGUGCCAAAAUAGGAUUUCUCAAAGCUGAGCUUGAGAUAUGCAGGUGAUACGUAACAGUAAUUUUUAUAUUUGCGCUGUGGAGUUUUUUGUUUUUUUUUAUUGUGUUUGGUCUCACUACAAUCUUUAUGGUACUUAGCUAACUAUAAGCUCUCACAGAGACUUUAAGACCAAACCAGAACUGGUGUCAUACUGUUGAGACCCACAAGGUUAUAACUGGCGUUCAUGGCUGGUUUCUCUUCCCAUGCUAUGUUUUAAAUCGACAUUGCUAAGGGCAUCUGCAGAAAUGCAGUAUAAAGUCUGAUUAUGUUAAUUUGCACGUGAAGCUGGGAACUCUGGGCUAGUUGUGGAAGCUUGAUUUCUCGAGUUUCUGUGCCCAAGGACGAGUCAUCAAAGUCCACCUUGAGAUAUGCAUGUGAUGCAUAACCGUCAUUCUUCUACAGAACACAAAGAUAUUUUUGGACAAUUGAAUGAUUCCAACCUCGUGGCAACAGUUUGGGAAAGGCCCUUCUUAACUGUUCUGGCAUGACUCUGCCCCUGUGCAUAAAAUGAGGCACAUUAAGACAGGUUAUGUUGAGUUUGGUGUUACAUGGCUCCAUCAAACAAAUAUACGAACCCCUAUAAAUUGAUACAUUUUAAUAUUACUCCCUAUAAAUAAUGCACAAUGUUUUAUAGUAGUAUCUUCUUGCAGAAAGGCACGUUACAGUCGCCAGCAGAUACAUUUUUUAGCUUCCAGGUUUCAAAAAUUGAUGUGCACAUUAGAUUCUAGUAAAUGCUGUAUUUUGUCCCCCUUACCAGGGUAGGGCUCCAGGGUAUUCCUGACAUAGCUGGCUGUAGUAGGCAUAGGUAUGGUGCAUGCAAUUCCCUUUUAAAGCACAACUGUCACUGGUAAGAUUUUUGUACAACCAAAUAGUUUUCUUUUUGUGUGUAGUUAGCUAUUGGCUGUGAUAUUCAUACUUUUAAAAAACUUUUUUUUUAAAGUUUGUUUUUUUAAAUAAACCUUACCUGCAGUGUUACUGAAGGAAUGCUUUCAUGACCUAUUUGCCAUUUCUGUAUAGGUGUCUAAAUCUCCAUGAAGGGGAGAAAAACAGAGUUUUGCCUAUAUAGUGGUAAAAUGACACUUUAGGUGUCCGCCCCUCUUUCCCCCCUUUGAAAAGGUAUUUUACUUACCUUUUUUUUUUCACUGUUCUGAUCUCGCCAUGGCUGGACAAUCUCAGCUAAUCCAAUGCUUUCCAAUAGGAAAGCAUUAGAAGACUAUUGCAUAUGCACCGCAAAACGCUGCGCCAGUCCACAUCUCCUCAUAGAGAUGAAUUAAAUCAAUGCAUCUCUAUGGGAAACAUUCAGCAUCUCCAUGAACAUCAGUGCUGCAUACUGCAGAACGGAUCCAGGAAGCACCUCUGGUAGCCAUCUGAGUGGCUGCCACCAGAGGUGUAACUAGCCAGCAAUAUAAAAGGCAGUGUUUACAUUAAAAAGCCUGUAGGGAUAGGCUAUAGACACCAUAAUAGCCACAUUAAAGGAUCACUAUAGUGUCCGACCAUACUUGUUUUCCUGACACUAUGGCAUCCUUAGGACCCCCCUUGGCGCUGAAGGGGUUAAAUCCCCUUCAGCAACUUGCCUUAAUCCAGCACCGGGCUUCCUCUGCGCUGCUGACCUCUCCUCCCCCGCCGUCGUCAGCUCCCAAGUGGAGCGGAAUGCGCAUGCGCGGCAAUGCUUUCCUAUGGACGUUCUGCACGCUGGAUGGCUUAACCCUGCAAUGUAAACUUAGCAGUUUCUCUGAGGGACCUGGAACCCAGACCACUCUAUUGAGCUGAAGUGGUCUGUGUGACUAUAGUGUUCCUUUAAAGCCUAGGGAUAACUCCACUGGCCACUCCUCAGAUGUCUGCUAGAGGUGCUUCCUGGGGCAGUGAGUGUGCAGCACUGCCAUUCAGUGUCUCCUCCCUCUGCUUGGAGACACUGGACUUUCCUCAUAGAGAUGCAUUGAUUCCUCUAUGAGGAAAUGCAGAUUGACCAGGGCUGUGUUUGGCUUGUGCUUUCUCUGCCGCUAAUCUGCCUCCUUGACAGUGUCCAAUGGGAAAGCAUUGUGAUUGGCUUAGUUCACCACUUCUGAUGAUGUCAGCCAAGCAGGCUGAUCAGGGGCAGAGAUAACAGACUUUAAUACAAGUACGAUUUUACUAUGGUUAGGAGGCAAAGAGAGGGAGGGGGUGGGGGCAGAUGGUGGUCUUAACACUAUAGAGUCAGAAAUACAUGUUUGUGUUCCUGACCCUAUAGUGUUCCUUUAAUUAUCAUUGAAAUAAUUGCACCAACAUUACAAAAGUUCUAAUACAUGAAUAUAAAUUUAAAGUAAAGGUGUGUAUAUGUAUGUGUGUACACACACACACACACACACACACACACUCACCCCUCCCUUCCUCUCUCUAAACCUUGUCAGUCCACCUGUCAUACAGUUAGGCAGGUUGAUUGUCUAGAGACUUAUAUUUCGCAGUUGAAGUGCCAAAUGAUCGCUUAUCCUGUCUGUUUUCUUGUCACAGGUCAUGAUCGUGUUCUUGUAACAGUUGCUUGAGAAAUCAUUUACAAUGUCUUGGUUUACUGAUCUUGCUGGCAAAGCAGAGGAUCUGCUCAAUCUAGUAGAUCAAGGAGCAGCAACUGCCCUAAGCAAGAGUAAAGAAGAUGAUGUCCUAUUGACUGGUAGUUACCCCAGUGCUGGUCUUGAACAAGAAAAUGAGAAAAACACAGACAAACACCAGUCCUAUGGAAAGUCCAGCUUCAUCUCUUCAGCUGCUGACAAUAUAAAGCAUCAAAAAGCAACUAUGUUAGCUGGCACAGCGAAUGUGAAAACUGGCACCAGGACAGCUAUGGAGGUUUCGCACAGCAGUUCAAGUGUCCCUUCACACAGAGCCACCAACCAGUUUGUAAGGAGGAAGAAAUCUGAGCCAGACGACGAGCUGCUGUUUGAUUUUCUGAACAGUUCGGACAAGGUUCACAAUAGUAGUCUGGAUUCUAAAAAAGAAACGAGCAAGGAGACCGUAUCAGUCAGUCCAUCUGCUGCAAGAUCCAGUUCUAAGAGCGUCAAGACAUCUGAAAGCCUAAUAACAAAGACACAAGGUAAAACAUUUUUUUUUUUCUUUUUUCAUUUAUGUUUAUAAUUCUUCUUGUGUUAUGCUACAUAUUUGUAUUGAAGAGAGGUGGAGGAAUUGUCACUUUUCCCUUACAAUUUCAAACAGGCAUUAGAUGAAGAUUCUCUUUGACUAUAAUCAGGAUUUCUUAAAGUGAUGCAGUGCAUGAUCAGUUAUUCAAAUCCAUGGCUUAAAAUUUUACAUCCCAGGCUAAUAACGUUCCACUGCCAGCCUUAACACUGUAGGCACCCAGACCACUUCAGCUCAUUGAAGUGGUCUGGGUGCAAACUCCCAUCACCCUUAACCCUGAGCAUGAAAUUAUUGCAGUUUUAUUCCCUGCUACAUGCACACACUGACACACUACAGUAAUGACAUUUACACAUGGUCACUUUACACUUAUACAACACGUCUUGAAUCAAAAGUAGAAUUCUGUUCAUGAAAGUUAAGGUUGUUGGGUAAUUUGUUUUUUGCACCCAGACCACUUCAAUGAGCUGAAGUAGUUUAGGUGCCUAUAGUGUCCCUUUAAUGUUUGUUAGCAUGACUAAACAGUGAUAUGAGUUAUGUGACAAAAUUCAUAUUCAUGGUAAAGCAUAAAUAUAUAUUUUUUUGUAAUAUUCAUUAUUCUUGCGUAUUAAAGCAGCACUGUCACCACCCCUGAAAAAUGAGUUCAUAAAGAUAAACUUCAAUACAGGGAGUGCAGAAUUAUUAGGCAAGUUGUAUUUUUGAGGAUUAAUUUUAUUAUUGAACAACAACCAUGUUCUCAAUGAACCCAAAAAACUAAUUAAUAUCAAAGCUGAAUAUUUUUGGAAGUAGUUUUUAGUUUGUUUUUAGUUUUAGCUAUGUUAGGGGGAUAUCUGUGUGUGCAGGUGACUAUUACUGUGCAUAAUUAUUAGGCAACUUAACAAAAAACAAAUAUAUACCCAUUUCAAUUAUUUAUUAUUACCAGUGAAACCAAUAUCACAUCUCAACAUUCACAAAUAUACAUUUCUGACAUUCAAAAACAAAACAAAAACAAAUCAGUGACCAAUAUAGCCACCUUUCUUUGCAAGGACACUCAAAAGCCUGCCAUCCAUGGAUUCUGUCAGUGUUUUGAUCUGUUCACCAUCAACAUUGCGUGCAGCAGCAACCAUAGCCUCCCAGACACUGUUCAGAGAGGUGUACUGUUUUCCCUCCUUGUAAAUCUCACAUUUGAUGAUGGACCACAGGUUCUCAAUGGGGUUCAGAUCAGGUGAACAAGGAGGCCAUGUCAUUAGAUUUUCUUCUUUUAUACCCUUUCUUGCCAGCCACGCUGUGGAGUACUUGGACGCGUGUGAUGGAGCAUUGUCCUGCAUGAAAAUCAUGUUUUUCUUGAAGGAUGCAGACUUCUUCCUGUACCACUGCUUGAAGAAGGUGUCUUCCAGGAACUGGCAGUAGGACUGGGAGUUGAGCUUGACUCCAUCCUCAACCCGAAAAGGCCCCACAAGCUCAUCUUUGAUGAUACCAGCCCAAACCAGUACUCCACCUCCACCUUGCUGGCGUCUGAGUCGGACUGGAGCUCUCUGCCCUUUACCAAUCCAGCCACGGGCCCAUCCAUCUGGCCCAUCAAGAAUCACUCUCAUUUCAUCAGUCCAUAAAACCUUAGAAAAAUCAGUCUUGAGAUAUUUCUUGGCCCAGUCUUGACGUUUCAGCUUGUGUGUCUUGUUCAGUGGUGGUCGUCUUUCAGCCUUUCUUACCUUGGCCAUGUCUCUGAGUAUUGCACACCUUGUGCUUUUGGGCACUCCAGUGAUGUUGCAGCUCUGAAAUAUGGCCAAACUGGUGGCAAGUGGCAUCGUGGCAGCUGCACGCUUGACUUUUCUCAGUUCAUGGGCAGUUAUUUUGCGCCUUGGUUUUUCCACACGCUUCUUGCGACCCUGUUGACUAUUUUGAAUGAAACGCUUGAUUGUUCGAUGAUCACGCUUCAGAAGCUUUGCAAUUUUAAGAGUGCUGCAUCCCUCUGCAAGAUAUCUCACUAUUUUUGACUUUUCUGAGCCUGUCAAGUCCUUCUUUGACCCAUUUUGCCAAAGGAAAGGAAGUUGCCUAAUAAUUAUGCACACCUGAUAUAGGGUGUUGAUGUCAUUAGACCACACCCCUUCUCAUUACAGAGAUGCACAUCACCUAAUAUGCUUAAUUGGUAAUAGGCUUUCGAGCCUAUACAGCUUGGAGUAAGACAACAUGCAUAAAGAGGAUGAUGUGGUCAUAAUACUCAUUUGCCUAAUAAUUCUGCACUCCCUGUACAGUUGUAGCGGAGUGCUGGUAUUUCACAGGUUAUCUCCACUAAAGAUCCCAGUGAGGCUCAGGAACAAGUAAUACAAUCCCAUAUAACAAAAGUCACAGCAAGCCAGGUAAUCCACGAAUAUCCCAAUAUAGAUCCCAAUGACUGGAUGACACACAGCAUCAGGAGCAGAACCGCACUUUUAAUCACACAAAGGUUUCUCCCAUGCAAGGGAGGGAUUCACAUUAAUUUGUACAGUAGCCAAUAGUGUAAUGGUUACCUCCCUCACAUCUCCUCCCCUCAGUGUGACACAUAAUCCACUUAUACAUACUGCUGAUGUACCCCAAAACAGUCAGAUAUAAUUACAUAAAGGGUACCUGAUGUGGGUGACCAACAUAUUCAAAAUUCAUCCAGAUCGGACCAGGGGUUUGGGAGUUAGGUGGAAGAGGCAAUUUGACCAACCGCACACGAGGUAGUAUCCGAAAAAGGCUUGUGGCCGGUCUCUCUUCGGGAGAUAAAACAUAUAGAAUUACUUGCCAUCCAACGUUAAAUCGGUAUUCGUAUGAAUUCCCUUAUUCGGUACAUUUAGUUCACCGAACGAGGGGCUGGUUGGCCCCUCCGUUCGGGAGUUAUGGAGCUCUGGAGGUCUCAGCGGUGUUCGGGUGAUUGAGUGUCCGAUUUGAGUUCCAGACACUCGACGACCAAACACCGCUGAGAUUUUCUUGCGUAAGAUGGCCGCCGCCACGCGGUUCGUGUGCUGAACGGCGACCACCCAGCUAUGUGUACAAAGUACCGAUUGCAUGGUCAAUUAGCUUGCGGUUACAGAGUGUGAAAGCCUAACGGGGUGCACACUACUCUCUGGGGUGGUCUGAUGGUUCGGUAGUUUUAAUUCUUAUGGAACACGGACUGAAAACUACCGAGCAAUCAGUCGAAUGCUACAUACAAUACAUCUAUACAGGGGAAUAAUCACAUGAAAUAAAUUUUUAAAGCAAACUUUGAGGACAGCCCAAUGCCAUCCGCUACAACAGUCAAAAGGUAUACUAAGACAAAAUAGGGAUUACUUUGUCAUAGUAUGUUGCCUUCGCUACAUUUAUGAAGGUUUAUCAUUCUUCCCCCAGCUAUCACUAUUGUCUAUUGAGGGUCUCAUGUUAUUUACCCUCACUGAUGAUCAUCUCAGCUGAUCCAAUGCUUUUCCUUAGAAAAUAAUUGGGGCCUACUAUAUAUCUAUUGCUGCUCUGUGCCAGUCAUCAGCUCCCAAAAAGAGAUGUAUUAUCCCAGGACAGACAGAUUGGCAGACUGUAUUUGGAAGGAACUCUGAGUUGUCUGAGUGACCACAACUAGAUUGUCCUUAGCGCACUAUAGUUGGAACUCUAAUCAUCCAGUUGGUUACUUUGUACUAUUUUAUUGCUCUUCCCAUAAAUGUAUAUAUUUUUCUUGUGGAGGUGUGCAGAAUACAUGUUUUGUCUAUUGAAUUUUUUUACUUUUUAUUUUUUUGCUAUGUAAAUUUUGAGUCAUAAUAAAAAUAUAUAUAUAUAUAUAUAUUUUUUUUAUUAUUUUUUUAUUUUUGUUCUGUAUAGAUAAACCUAGUGAUACACAAUCUGAGAUCAAUAUCCAGGAGGAUGUGAUUAAUGAGAGCAAGGUAUCAGAAACAGAAAAAAACUCAAAUCACGGUACCAACGGGGAUCAAAAAUCUCACGAACUGUCCAAUCUUCGCUUAGAGAACCAAUUACUUAGAAGUGAGGUCCAGUCUCUGAACCAAGAAAUGGCCACUUUGAUACAGAGGUCUAAGGAAACACAUGAAGGUAAGGUGAUUUCAGACCACUUUAAUUUCACUCUUUACAUUGGAAGAUAUAUAUCUUCCAUUAUAGCAUAGACUAUAAAUUCAUUUUUGUCAACAUUUCAAAUGGACAAACAGGGACAUUUUCAUUUUAGGGGUGAGGCCAGGGGCGAGAUGUUCUGAUAAAAUUUAGGUGACUUACUAAUAACAAUUUGUGCAGCUAAAUGUAUCUUAUUUACACACUGAUUUUCUCAACACAUGUAUUGUAGUUUAAAGACACAUUACCGUGAGUAUUAUUGCUGUGGAGCUCUGUUAUUCACAGACAAACCAGCAAUAUGGAGGAAGGUAUGUAAAUUUUGAGUACUUCAUGAAGAUAGACUCUUUUAAUAUGGUUGAAAUUCAUCAUUCAAAAGCAACUCAAGAAAAGUAGUGCAAUAUGCUGUGGUACGGUGGUGAGGAUAGUAUCUUAUAUUGGAAUCACUCACAUGAUUUAGAGCCUCUUAAGAACUGGCUCUGAUCUCUUCCUCUUUUGUGUACUUAAGGUGACACACACCCUAAACGUCCAUAUUAGGCGAAAAUCUCAAUAAUGGAGAUAAAAAAAAUGGGAGAGAACAGGGAAGCAAUGCUAGCCCUGGUGUAGAAAUCCUUGGUAUAAUAAAGGGCAAAAUAUAAAUAAAGGUUGCGUCUCACCUUAUAAAGAGCCUAUGACUGGGCUCUAAGUAUGCAAACUUUGUGCCAAAUUAGAGUGACACAGCCCUUCUUUCAAGCAGCAUUUAGGUUCCACCAGGCUUCUUAGUGAAGUAGUAUAUAACAUUUAUUGUAACAUAUAUUAAAACAAUAAAAUCAAUAUAAAUAUACCCUUAAGUGCUGGUGGUGUAGAGUCCAAGACGCGUUUCGCCGAUAUAGUUCAGCCUUUUCGAUUGGUAAUUCCAGUGCUGCCAGUUCGAGUUUAAAUAGCCCUUGAAGGGAAGUUGAUUGGUCUAUGGCGUCCGUGAUAUGUCCAAUCACAGGCGCUCAUAUCGGAGGGAGUGUGAGGCAUCAGUAUUCUUUUCCUUAACAGUGAGGUCAUCGCGCACGACGUCUCGUGUGCGUGACGUCACAUACGGAAAUUCACAUCGCCCAAAGUCUCUCUUCAUGUAUAGAUCCGCCUCCCUUUAGUGUUGCUCCUCCCAAACAGUCACAUGGUUGUGACAAGGGUAUCUUUCCCUUUAAACCUUGGGCCGUGAGGUGGGCGUGGCAAUGAUCCUCAUGUUAAGUUUUCGUUCCAUUUACAGCGGUUGCAUCCGCCAUCUUUCUCAAGGGCAAAGUAAUGGAAGGGAAUGUUCAUAGGUAGUUUAACGUUCUUCAUAUCCCAGGAAAUAUUCCUAAAUAGUCUUACUCACAGCAGAGCAUAUUAACAGAAGUGGGACAUGAAUAAUAUUGUAUUACUAAAAUAAUUUAAAAAUAGAGUGAUUAUAGGUCUUGCAUAGUUUCAUAUUGGAUAUGGGGAACUGAAUGAAUUAGCCCCUUAAAUAAUGAUAUUCUGGAACAAAUUUCUAUCUAUAUUCCUAUAGGAUCUUACAAAGGUGCUCUUAGUAUAACAUUAAUGAUGACUUCAUAUAUAUCUUAAAAAAGACCCAAUCUUAUUGUCCACAAACCUAAAAUUAUAAAUAUGUGGAUAGUAAAAAAUAAUAUGAAUGAAUAAUACAUAAAACAUCUACAUAUAAAAAAUGGAUAUUAUAAAUUCUGUUGCCUAACAUAUAGUAUUUAGGAAUAUUUCCAGAGCCGGUCCUUAAGAGGCUCUAAACCAUGGACGUCUUGCUACAAUAGGCUUCUGCUUUUAAGCAACCCUGAAGAUCUUUGAAAACAGGGAGGUGUCCUUGGCACACCUACCUAUGCCAACAUUUCUAACCUCUGCUGUAUUUCCAUUAUCCUUUGCUGAAUUUCAUUUGAAUAACACUCUCUAUUAUAUUGCUUUUGAAGAAUUGAAUGAAGCUCGGACACGGAUAGAGAAAUGGAAUAGUAACAACUCAAAAAGUGACAGAUCGGCACGAGAACUGCGAGCCCAGGUUGAUGACCUGACAGAAGCCAUGGCUGCAAAAGAUUCCCAGCUUGCUGUACUCAAAAUCCGACUUCAGGAAGCAGACCAACUACUCCAUAGCCGUACAGAGGCAUUGGAAAUUCUCCAGAGUGAGAAAUCCAGGUACAUUUACACAUAA